AUGCAAUUAAAUGAUGUUGAAUUUAAAAGGGCGAAUAGCGAGUCUCUUGCAUCAAAGAGCCAGCGUAACAGCAACAAAGAAAAUGAAAAUUUAAAAGGUAAAAAACCAGAUUUUAAACUUGUAAUGAAUGUAGUUGAUGAAAUUCUUUUCGGAGAAGUAAACCCACCAAAAAGUAAAAAUUCAACAUUGUUGCUUAACAAAGAUCUUGUGAAACUCGCAAAUUUCCAAGCUGGCUCAUUGGAAAAAGUAUGGCAACAGAACCGGGCUGGCUUCUUUUGGAAUAUGGAUUUGUGGCGAGCGCAUUUACAUCUACGAUAUGGAUUUAAAUUACGAUGGGAUCUAUAA